CCCAUAUCCUCCCACAACCUAUUCAAAAGCCUGGGGCAACGAAACAUACUAGGCCAACUCUUCACAGAAUGGAACCCGUGCUCGUGAAAACCCCAACCUCGAUGCCAAGAUAUGUCGAUUGGUCGUUGCUAGCCAUUGAGGCUGGGGUAUCUGAGUCAAUGCCUCGACUAAGCCAAGAUACCGCCUGGAGGAUUCCCAAUUUGGGUUCCCUCAGCAAAAACGUCCCGAAGUUCAACAGGGAGAUCCAUGAUACCUACCAUUAGAGGACAGAGAAAGGCUCGGCCCGUUCGAGUUGUAGAAAAGAAAAGAAGCAGUUCGCACAGUACUUUAGCGCCCCACCGUGUUGGAGUAAUCGUCCUUGUCCUCCAUUGUAUCGAUCUAAAGGUCAAUGUACGGCAGGGAUAGGCUCAAACACCAGAGAUCAAAAAUCUACAACUUACAGGCAGAGAACUGCCCAAUACACAGUUUGUCUUACUACGACUUGUGACAGGCGCGAUCAGAGACCUGGGGUUUCCAUUUGAUCCCGAAGGACCGAGUCGCAAGUACCAUGCAACAGUGCAGACUAUCG